ACCACGACCACCUCUCCGCUAACGCCUCUCCUGCCAGCUGUCCACUUCUUACACGAUUUUGAGCCACACCUCCCUCGUCUUGUUCGAUCGUGAACAUCAACCGCAUACCCUCCGGAGACUUCCCAUUCGUCUGGCUUCUGACGUGUCCGCUAUCGUAUUCUGCAUUGUGUUGAGCAAUGCCUCUCGUGGUCCCGGUUCUCCGGCUGGCCUACGUUUUCCUGAACGUCUUUGACACCUUCAAGGUCCUCCGGUUACCCCCUCCAUCGGCGCGGAAUGGCGGGCAGCCCAGUGCACGCGCGAUGAGCCAGCGCAAACGGGCGAUGAAGGGCAUUAUGACCGUUUGGAUAGUUUGGGUGUGUUUCACGUUGUAUGAACGAUGGGUCGAGACGCUUGUCUGGCUCUUCAUCCCGUUCUACAGUGAGAUCAAGGCUCUGGUGAUCUUGUUCUUCCUCUUGACACGUGCGAAGGGAGCGGAACCCAUAUUCCUUCACCUCAUUCGUCCUCUCAUCAAGCCUUACACCGUCCCGCUAGAUGCUCUCUUCGAGGGUCUGUCUUCCAUUGGUGAUCUGCUUGUGCUGGUGGCCUCCAUCCCCGUCCAAUAUGUGCAAAACUUCUAUCGUCGCUGGACGUCUUCUUUGGACCCUCCCGACGUAGAUGUCCGCUCGUGGCAUGCGGAUGCUCCCCCUGCAGGCGGCCGUCCGACCGCUCAUCGUGCUUACGUCUCAGAAGCGAACGGCGACCCACGACCUGCUCCUGCGCGCGAGAUCUCUACGGGCUCGAUGAGGCAGACUCGCUCCGCCACCGCGGCUUCUGGUGCAUCCACGCCUACUCAUCAGAUAUGGCGUCCCUCGGCUGCAGCAUACGCCGACGAGGCAUCGCUGAACCCGCAUUCUGGUCUGCCUACUCCGCCUCCUAACGAGCGUCAACCGCCGUCCUCUGGUGUCGUCGACGAAUGGAGACAAUAUCCUGCGUUCCCUUCGGCAUAUCCGCCUACGCCGCUCCCCGCGUCUUCUCGUCUGCCUUCUGUUGAACCUUCCAUCCUAGCGCCGCGACCUGUGCGUCCAUCGCAAUUCACCGGGAUUGCAGAGGAGUCGGACGACGAAGAUAAUUACAACCCCGAGACCCGGCAGGAUUUUCGCCAGUCGCUCCAGUUGCCGCGUGAGCCCCGGAACCCCGGCUCCGAUGGCGGCUUGAGCGACGAAAACCACACGAAAGGGGUUCACCACGUUCAAACACCAGAACAAACAGAUUCGAGACCACGAACGGCUAGCGGCGAUGAGGAGGCCUACGAGAUGAGCGUGGACGAGGCCGAUAGCGACAUGGACUACGAGGAUGAGGACGACUUCGACGUGACACUUCGUACCCCGCACCCUCGAAAGCACGGCGCACCGGAGAGCAUGCUCUCGGACGACGAUAUGCUCACUCCUCCGCCCUCCGCUAUCGCAUUCACGAUGUCCAUCGACAGUCAGAUGAGCAAGUCGACGACCCUGAGCACCACGGACAACGGCUCAUCGCUCCGCACUCGUGCGGACUCCCUGUCCUCCACUGCGCUCUCCUCCGUCCACGACACAUCCUCCCUCGCUGGCCGCAAGCGACGCUUACCGCGCUCCGAGGACAACGCGAGGUUUAGCAUUCGUGUCUCGCCCAGGAAAGCGAAGAUCGCCUCGCGCAUCCCUUCCUCUCGUACAUCUUCUCGCUCCACGACCAUUGGCCGCACACGCGGCAAGGCUGUCGCCUCCGCUGCGUCUUCUGUCGAUGAGACAGGCGCCGUUGACGAUGUCCCGAGCGAUGAGCCCUCCGUCGACAGCAAGCGGCAGAAGACCACCGGCGGACGCGUCGCACGCCCGAAGGCGAAUCGCAACGACAGCGCAGGUACCAUCCGCGGCCCUCCCUCUCGAUCCACCUCGCGGCCUGCUAGCCGUCCAGUUUCAGUUGCGAGCAGGCAGCCGUCGUCGCGCAUCGCGGCGGGCUCGAAGGACCGUCUUAAGCUGGCGACGAAGUCUAGCGCGGCGUCCACAAGGUCGAUCGCGCGCAAGACGGGCGGUGCUCCUGCGGGCCAGGUUGCGAAAGCGGAGUGAAGAGAAAGGAGAGAAGGAAGGUCAUAGACUUUCCACGCAUUUUUACUGAGCAUAUACGUCGCAUCCCUCGCAUCUUCCCAGCAUACUCAUUAUCGCACACAAC